UACAAGUGUAUAUGUACAAUAAUUAAAUAUUUAUGUACAGGGUAAGUGAGAAGGUUGCUACACCUACAAGUGUAAUACUGAUGGCCAUGAAUACAUGCGUAGGUUUUUAUUGGAGAGAAAUUAUGAUGGGCGGAGUAGAGGUAGACGCCUGGGGAUACCUAAAGUGCUGUGCCCCUGUAGUGUGUGUAUUUGCUCCUCUAGGCUCCAUUCUUGCAAGCCACUUUCACAGACAAGUGUUGGCUUGCCUCAUGUACAUCCUGGAUACACUAGCACUGGUAACUGCUUUCGUUGUUCUGUGGGACAAAAUGGACACUACACUUUAUAGUAUGAGGUAA